AUGGGUCUUAAAAAGUGCGUCGUUUUCUUUGCCCUUUUUAACCUCAUCUCAUAUGUAAAGAAAGAGGGCAACGACUCAUGCCUGUGUGAGCCAAUACCAAUUCCUAUGCUGCAACCCGAACCUGAACCCGAACCCGAUUACAUGGAUGAGCUCUUACCUACGCUAGAACCAGAAGCACAACCACAAGCAACCCCCGAUGACGGAAAUACAAACAACAAUAACUUUAAUUUUGGAAAUGGAAAUUUCAAUGGAGGAAAUGAUGAUGAUGACGACGACGAUGACAACGAUGAUGACGAUGAUGAAAUAAUUGAUAACUCCAACGAUGACAAUAAUGAUGACGAGGAGGUCAACAAUGGCGACGACGACGAUGAUGAUGAUGACGAAGAAAUUAACGAAAAUGUGAUUAAAAAUUCUCAAAAAAAAAGAAAAAGAAAUAAUUUGUAG